AUGAGGAGCUUCCAUCUGUUCCAGAUCAUAGUCGAGCCGACUGCUCGCCUGCAGGUGAGGGUCGGCUUCCCAGGCCUAUGUGGGGUGGGACCCCCCAUCGCGUCUCAUCAUAGUCGCAUUCAGAGGCACCUGCACUUCCUCUCUCCGCAACUGGAUCGCCGAUCUCGAGGCCCUCCCCCGCUCGCUCUCUCAGUUACCCUGGUCUAUGUUUGCCCCCACUCUCCCUCGUCCCCGUCUGCUCCUUUCCUGUCCCCCGGUCAGGCCUAUGUCAGAGGCACCUGCACCUCGUCUCUCCGCAACUGGAUCGCUGAUCUUGAGGCCCUCCCGCGCUCCCUCUCCUACCCGGGUCUGCGCCACGCCCGUGUGCACCGCGGCUUCUACUCCGCUUACCACUUCACUCGUCUGCGCCCGGCCGUGGUGCACGCCGUGCUGUUUCUGAUGACGAUCCUGCCGGGAUCCUUUCGAGUGGCCUUCACAGGGCACUCCCUUGGGGGUGCUUUGGCUACUCUCAGUGCUCUCGACCUGCAGGUAUGUGGUCUGCGCCACGCCCGUGUGCACCGCGGCUUCUACUCCGCUUACCACUUCACUCGUCUGCGUCCUGCUGUGGUGCACGCUGUGCUGUUUCUGAUGACGAUCCUACCGGGAAGCUUCAGUGUGGCCUUGACAGGGCAAUCUCUGGGAGCUGCCCUUGCUACUCUCAGCGCUCUCGACCUGCAGGUGGGUGGCGUUAAGGGAGGAGAGGUGUCUCUGUGUUUCUCUGUAUCCUACGACCUCCCAUCACCCGUCAUUCAAGUCGUCACCUUUGGCUCGCCUCGGGUGGGCAACGCUGCUUUUGCGGCCUACUUCCGGCAGAAGGUUCCUAAAAGCACCCGUGUGACCAACUGGAAGGAUCUUGUGCCGCACUUGCCGCCCGCAACCAUCGGUUAUCAUCAUGUGGCCACCGAGGCGUGGAUAAUCCCUGACUCUGUGCACAACGUCUCCUUCAGUCCAUCGAGUUCAGCUUUACCAACUCAGAAGGGGCGUUCUGGCUCGGUUUCUUUACCAACUCAGAAGGGGCGUUCUGGCUCGGUUUCUUUACCAACUCAGAAGGGGCGUUCUGGCUCGGUUUCUUUACCAACUCAGAAGGGGCGUUCUGGCUCGGUUUCUUUACCGCACCUGCUGAGGCAACGCCGGUCGUUGCCCCGGCGGGUGUUGCAUCGUCGAUCGUUACAACGAGGACCGUUACAACAGCAGCUGUUGCAGGAGCAAACGCUCUUGAUUGACGAAAGAGACAGCCACACCAGUCAUCAAGGUAAUCUGACGUGGCACGUGCACCAGUGUGACGAGACAGGCGAAGACCCUUGCUGCAGCAGGUCUGUAGUGGGCGACAGCAUAGCCAACCACUUGGAGUACCUGGGAGUGCCGUUACAUUCAGGGCACAGUUCAUCAGACUCCUGA